AUGGGCACCCUCGUCGGCCACGUCGCUCCGGGCGCCGGCUUCCUCCUCAUCGGCCUGUGGCAGCUGUUCAACCACAUCCGGCUGUUCGCGCUGCGGCCCGACUCCUACGCCGCGCCGCUCUGGUUCCCCGCGCGCGGCGUCCGGCACCUCGAGCUCAUCCUCAUCAUCGCCGGCACGUCGGCGUCCAUCCUGAUGGAGCUCGUCAUCGGCCCCGCGAAGCACCAGCCGUUCGACGAUGACGGCACCAUCCCGUCCGACCACCUCCACAACUUCGAGCACGCGUCCGUCUCGCUCGCGCUGCUCGCCUUCGCCGCGGUCACCAUCCACAUGGACAGGGUCCGGGCGCCGAUGCGGGACGCCGUGUCGCAGCUGGCCGCCGCCGCGGCGUUCGCGCAGGAGCUGCUCGUCUUCCACCUCCACUCCACGGACCACAUGGGCGUGGAGGGGCAGUUCCACUGGCUGCUGCAGACCGUCGUCGCCGUCACGCUGGCCACCACGCUGCUGGGCAUCCCGUGCCCGCGGAGCUUCGUGGUGAGCCUGGUCAGGUCGGCGAGCCUCGUGCUCCAGGGCGUGUGGUUGAUCGUCAUGGGCGUCAUGCUCUGGACGCCGGGGCUCGUCCCCAAGGGGUGCUUCCUGAAUCACGAGGACGGCCACGACGUGGUCCGGUGCCGCACCGACGAGGCGCUCCAUCGCGCCAAGGCGCUGGUGAACCUGCAGUUCAGCUGGUACCUGACGGGCACCAUGGUGUUCGUCGUCGUGCUCUACCUCCAGGUCAGCAGGCUGUACCCUGAGGAGCCGCAGUACUUGCCGCUGGUCAAGGGAGGACCCUCCGGCGGCCGGUUCAGCGUCGGGGACGAUGACGAGGACGAUGACGACGAGGAUGACCUGGAGGCCGCGGAAAGUACUUACGGGCACAUGGUCAGCGGCACAAAGCCCAUGGAGAUAGAGAGGUAA